CAUAUUUUUUUCCCGAUAAAGUUCGAAAAGCUGAUUCGUUGACAUUGGAUCAAACACGUUUUAUUGGUUAGAAGUUUCACUCAACACGUUUACCUUUCUUUGUCAUUGUAGUUUUGUGGCACAGUACUUUUUACAAAGUAUUCCCGCCAAGUUGGGAUUAAUGGCGUGUGUAACGAUUUGAUUUUUGGUUCGUCGAAUUUUCAUUGCAAAAGAAACGAUCGUAGCUAUAUCGAGCAUCUUGUAGAAAUACAGAAGAAAAGUUUCUUUUACGACGAAAGCAUAUUGUAAACAGCAGCAUGAGUCAACCAAGUUCUCCUGUACAUUCUGAACAACACAUCGAUGCGAUGAGUCAAAUGACCUCUCCCGCACCUGAUAUAGAUGAGCCAUUUGAAGAUGAAUCAGAUUUACUCGAUGGAGAAAAUAAUGUUAAUAAUGAAGAAGAAGAGGGAGAGGAAUUAUUUGGAGAUAAUAUGGAGGCAGAUUAUCGACCUAUGUCAGCAUUGGACAGAUAUGAUCCUAAUUUAUUGGAUGAUGAAGAUUAUUCAGAAAUGUCUCAGGGCGAACGUGUAGCUGCAGAAGCAGAAAUGCGAAAGAGAGAUCGUGCUGCUGGUAUUAUAAGGGAUGAGCGUGAUCUUCUUUAUGACGAAACUGAUGAAGAAGAUGUGCAGGCACGUAAACGACGUAUGGCUGAAAAAGCUGCCACUGGCAUAUUAGAAGAUGCAGAAAUGAUUGAGUCUAUUGAAAAUUUAGAGGAUACAAAAGGACACUCAGUGAAAGAAUGGGUUAUGAUGCUAGGACCACGAACAGAAAUUUCAAACCGCUUUAAAAGCUUUCUUCGCACUCAUACAAAUUCCAAGGGCCAAUACAUGUAUAAAGAACGUAUUCGCCACAUGUGUGAGAGCAAUCAGUCUAGUUUCAUAGUGGAAUUUCCCAUCCUCGCCAGUAAGGAACAUGUUUUGGCCUAUUUUUUACCAGAAGCUCCAUUCCAAAUUCUUGAAAUAUUUGAUGAAGUGGCAAAGGAAUUGGUGCUUACGAUUUUCCCCAGUUACGAGAGAGUCACAUCAGAAAUUCAUGUGAGAAUAUCAGAACUGCCAUUAAUUGAAGAAUUACGCACAUUUAGGUAUAGAUCUAUGCAUUAUUUAAUUAAUAUAAUUUUAUUCAGAUUGCAAUCUGAAUAUGCAGAGCUCAGAAAUAGAAAUAAACGUAUGAUAAUAUGUAUAAAAUUUUAUAUCGCUUUUCCUUACAUUAGAAAACUCCACUUAAAUCAAUUAGUUCGAACUCUUGGAGUUGUAACAGCGACUACGGGUGUUUUGCCACAAUUAUCGGUGGUAAAGUACGACUGUACAAAAUGCAAUUACGUUCUUGGACCGUUUGUUCAAUCUCAAAAUACAGAAGUCAAGCCAGGAUCUUGUCCGGAGUGUCAAAGUGUCGGUCCAUUUACGAUCAAUAUGGAGCAAACCAUAUACAGAAACUAUCAAAAGAUAACAAUACAAGAAUCUCCGGGUAGAAUACCCGCUGGCAGAAUACCACGCAGCAAAGAUUGCAUUCUUUUGUCUGAUCUUUGUGAUCGUUGUAAACCAGGCGACGAGAUAGAUGUUACAGCUAUUUAUACCAAUAAUUAUGACGGUUCUUUGAAUACUGAACAGGGUUUCCCAGUAUUCUCCACAGUAUUAUUAGCCAAUCACUUAUUUGUCAAAGAUUCAAAAGAAAUCGUGGACUCUUUAACGGAAGAAGACAUCUCAAGUAUACUCUCUCUCAGUAAAGAUCAACGCAUCGCGGACCGUAUAGUCGCGAGUAUCGCGCCUUCGAUUUAUGGUCAUGAAAACAUCAAAAGAGCCUUAGCGCUGGCGAUAUUUGGUGGCGAGCCGAAGAACCCUGGCAACAAGCACAAGGUUCGCGGUGAUAUAAAUGUGUUACUGUGCGGAGAUCCUGGUACAGCUAAAUCGCAGUUUUUGAAGUACGUGGAAAAAGUGGCACCGAGAGUUGUCUUUACUACAGGUCAGGGUGCUUCAGCCGUUGGUUUAACUGCUUACGUUAGGAGAUCACCUAUAAGUAGAGAAUGGACCUUGGAAGCUGGGGCUUUAGUCCUCGCCGAUCAUGGAAUAUGCCUCAUCGAUGAAUUCGACAAAAUGAAUGAUCAAGACAGAACAUCUAUCCAUGAAGCUAUGGAGCAACAGAGUAUUUCUAUUUCAAAAGCUGGUAUUGUUACAUCUCUUCAUGCCAGAUGCGCAGUGAUAGCCGCAUCUAAUCCUAUCGGUGGUCGAUACGAUCCUAGUAUGACCUUUUCGGAAAAUGUGGAUCUUUCAGAACCGAUUCUCUCGCGAUUUGACGUAUUAUGCAUAGUUAAAGACGAGAUCGAUCCUAUGCAGGAUCGCCAUCUUGCUAAGUUUGUCGUAAAUUCGCACAUCAAGCAUCAUCCAACAGAUAGUACGGAAAGAACAGAGAGAACGCAGGCCGUGGUGUUGGAUCCUGCUACGCGGGAUCUCUGCAUUCCACAAGAUCUUCUUAAGAAAUACAUUGUCUACGCAAAACAGAACGUACAUCCAAAAUUGGCCAACAUCGAUCAGGACAAAGUGGCGAAACUGUAUAGCCAGUUGAGACAGGAAAGCUUGGCGACUGGAAGUUUGCCGAUUACUGUGCGCCACAUAGAGAGCAUCAUUCGCAUGUCAGAGGCUAGUGCCAAGAUGCAUCUGAGAGAUCACGUUCAGGAGAGCGACAUGAAUUUAGCUAUCAGAAUAGUUCUCGACAGUUUCGUCGAAACGCAAAAAUACUCCGUUAUGAAAUCUAUGCGUCAGACAUUCCAGAAAUAUCUAUCGUAUAAGAAAGAUCACAGCGAACUCCUUUACUACAUACUAAGACAAAUCACUUUAGAUACUCUGGCAUUUCAAAAAGCUUUGCAUGGCGGACGUAUAACCACCGUUGAGAUCUCGGAAAAGGAUUUAUUGGAACGGGCAAAGCAAAUUGACAUACACAAUCUGCAUUCAUUUUACGAGAGUGACAUAUUUAAGACAAAUAAUUUUGUUUACGAGCCGAGAAGGAAAGUGAUAGUGCAGACUCUGCCCGAAGGUAUCGAGGAUUAAUCCGAAGAAAAGCGACAUAUUUUAUAUUUUUGUACAUGUAUUUGAAUUAUAUGUAAUAAAAGUGUUUUUUUUUUCUAUCCCAAAAAUUUUUAUAUCGACACAUUGGCGUUGUAACGUAUGACAAUGCUCGUCAACAUCACUUUAUCAAUUGUUGAAUACUGUUAUACAAAUAUAAUCAAUGCGAUGUUGUCAUUAAAUAUAUUACAUUUCUAGUA